GGCAGACGCGCAUAAGUAGCUAAGCAGCUGAUCGCACAGAAGUGAAAGAGAAGGCAACAUAGAGAGAGAGAGAGAGAGAGCGCGACAGCACUAGAAAAAGCGAUUAACAGUCUGAGAGCGUGAGUGCACGAAACGGUAGAUGUGAGUGUACAUUAGAGCGAGACGGUGAGAUCUGGCAUUGUGAAAAAUAUUAAUGCACAAAUUGAAUGAAACUGAAGGUGCAUCAAAUAAUUGUUGUGUUGCCAUUGUUGUUGUUAUUGUUUAAAGUGGCACAUUUAAAUGUCACGGGAAGGAAAGCGGUAGUGGCAGAAAAUGCUCACUAAAAAUAUACGCCAAGACUAAAAGCACAAAAAUGAAAGCACCCAAAAACGCUACGCGUGGGUAGAAGAAAAACGUCUUUGACUGUAUACAUAAACACAUACAUAUGUAUGUACAUAUAAAAUGUACGUACAUAUUAAUGUAAGCAUAUGAACGAACAAUCAUAUACAUAUGUAGAUAUAUAAUAUAAUGCAUAUAGUAUAAUUGCUAGCAUAGUUGAGAUAAACAAUAAAUUGGCUGUGCGCCAGGACGCAGGGAGAGCAGGAAAUCGAAGACAGAGCGCGCUGAUAUUGCUGGUUCAGCCUCGCCAACAGACAGCAAACAGGUGGAAGCAUCAACAACAUCAUCUAAUGUGCAGUAGCUGUCACCGGUGCUUUAGCCAAGAGCAAUGUCAAAGCAGCCACAUCAGCAACAGCAUUCGGAAUCCACCUCCGAUUAUGAGGACCAAGAGCGGUACGAUCCCCUGACAAAUCUGCUACGCCUGCAACUCCGUAAGCCAAACCACUGGAACUGGGAGUUGAGCACUUCGCGUAGCUGCAAUAAUAUUGCAUUGCCCAGAAUUCUGCUGUAUGAUAACACGGGCGCGCUUCUGCUGGAUGCGGAUGGGUUUAGCGAGCAAACAUAUCGGCCUAUCAGCGUUCCAGAUGGUAGGCGAAAGCUUUCGACGGCCAGUCAUAACCAAAGGCUCCAACAGGCGCGACUUCCCGGCGACUUCAAUGGCCUGUGUAUUGGUGAGGCGGCUCCAAGCGAUACACCCACACCCGUAUUCCCAUUUAGGAGGCAGCAGAUUGCAGGAAGCUGUAUUGACCUAAGUACCCAUGAGUUGCCCAAUUGGCAGCCGCACGAAAUGAAUAGUUCACGUCGCUCGAGCUCGCUGCGCGGUGCUCGGCUUGAGAUUCAGGAUCACCGGCUAGACCAGCCACAGCAGCUUACACAGAAAUCGACAUAUCCCACGCCGCCAUCCACUUCGACGAUGACCACGACAGCGAAUUCGUCGUCGUCGGGACCACGUGAGAAGCGUCGUUAUCGACGCUCUCACAGCUCUGGCCAGCGUUCAAUACUGGAACGGUUUAGCAUGACGCGCGGUCGCCACUCCUCGCCAGAGUAUAUCCAGGAACAGGUAUUGGAGCAUAAGCCGCGUUACUAUCUGUGCAGCAGUAAGGCCGGCACACUUGUAAUCCAGGAUGAGAGCUUCAAUCGAGUGCGGCAGCGCCGCCGUCGGCAGAGGAAUUCCUCCACCGAGAACGUAUUGGUGCAACAGAAUAGAAGCCCCGCAAAUAGUGUCGUGCAGGUCACGUCGCCCAAGCGUCACCAGCAACAGCUGCGCUGCCGGGAGGCGCUGCUUCUAACCUCAGACGAAGAAACACAAGCCCAGAGCCAAAGACAAUCAAUGAGGCAUUCGCGAUGCCGGCAAGCUAAAAGAAUUUCCGGCAACGAUGGGACAAGUCAAGAUAUUAUCACAGUCGACACGGGAAACUGUAUGCACCAAGCUGUGCCUUGUGCUACGCGACGAUGACGUCAUCAAUGUACGUCCUUAUAUACAAAAAUAUACAAAGAUCGCGUGUUCUCUGCUCAACGGCAGUUUUUUCUUGCCUUGGUUUCUAAAGCCAUCUCUGUGUAAAUUAACACAAAUCUAAGAACAUACAAAUAAAAACAAGUAAGAGGUUCUAGUCGGGAGCUCCCGACUAAGGGAUACCCUGAA